AUGCUUGCCGGCUUCGGCUCUGGCAAGUCCUUGAGGUCUUGUGCCUGGCUUCCGCUUGCCAAGGCCAACACGCUCUUCUGGACCUUCUUGCUGAUUAGUAUACUGUCCUACAUCGCGGCACUGUUUGGAAUGGACAUGAUCACCUACGACCUGUCCCUGCCGGCAGACCAUCCCUACAACCUCGCCGUCGUCGAGAACUUCGGAGCGCUGGACGACGCGAUGUUUACGCUCAUGCAGCUCUUCACCUUCGAUAGCAUCGGAACCAUCUACCGCCCGCUGAUCCAGCAGAGACCUCUCCUUUUCUUCUACUUCAUGACGGUUCUCUUGGUCUUGUCCAUUGCCCUCAUGAACCUCGUGACGGCCAUCAUG